AUGGCAUUGUUGAUACGACCAAAAACAGAUGGAAAUGAUGCUAUAGAGGAAAUGAAAAAUACGCUGUAUAAUAUAUGUUCUACAAAAUAUCGAAUUACGGAAGUUUCAAAACUUAAGAACAAUGUGAAAAAGUCAAUAAUAUCAGAUGACCCAACUUUUAAAUGCUUUUUAAAGUGUUGCUUCGACGAGAUGUCAUUAAUUGAUGAAGACGGUAUUAUCGAUGGGGAUUCAAUGAUACAGAUGACAUCGGACGAUGAUAAACUGAUCGCAGAGCAAGUCAUCCCGAACUGCAUAAAAACGGUUAAGCAAGAUUCUUGUGAAGCUGCAUUCGACUUUGUUAGCUGCGUAAUAAAAUUAAAUCCAUCAACUGCUGCACUACUUCCACUCUGAUACAGUUUUAAUUCAAUACAUUCAUAAAUGGAUAUACAUAGUAAAAUCGUUAUUAUACAAAACACUGUUGAUACGUCGUACCUAAUACUACUUACUUGUCGACAAAAAUGUUAUAUUAUGCAAUUAUGUAAAUCCGAUUGGAUGUAAUUUUUCACUCUUAAAAAAUAAAAGGUUUUGGCAUUCAA